GGAUGAAUAUUAGAAUUGAUUAAAAUAAAAAUAGAAUUAGAGAUCAGUUAAUUAAAUAAGUAUGAAUUGGGUUAUGUUUAUAGUGUUGGCGGGGGCAGUAUGGUUGGGGGUUGCGGAGGGCGUUGAUGUGGAAGGAGCGCUGCAGUCGGCGGCGUCGGGAUCGGUGGAGAAAAUCUGCUCAUACACGAGCCACGCUGAAUCAUGCAGCGUGGCCCUGACCCCAGUGGCUAACAACAAAAGCGCGACCUUGACUGACUACCUGCAGGCGGCCAUCAAGGUGGCGCAGCAAGAGGUGGAGGCGGCCAAGGGGCGGCCGGCGGAGAUCGGGAAGGCGGCGACGAAACCCCAGGAGAAGAUGGCGGUGGAUGACUGCAAGGAGCUGCUCCAGUUCGCGGUUGAUGAGCUGCAGGCGUCGAUGGCGGCGGUGGGAGAGAGCAGCGUGCACACGAUCGCGGAGCGGGAGGCGGAGCUGAAGAACUGGCUGAGCGCGGUGCUGUCGUACCACGAGACGUGCAUCGACGGGUUCGAGACGCCGGAGAUAAAGGAGGGCGUAUCGAAGGGGCUGUUGAACGCGACGGAGCUGACGGACAACGCGCUGGCCAUCGUGGGCUCCAUAUCCAACCUAUCAAAGUCGUUCAACAUGAGCAUCAAGGAGCUCCCCGACGCCGCCAAGUCGCUGCUGGACGGGUUCCCGGGGUGGAUGAAGUCCGGAGACAGGAAGCUGCUGGCGGCCGGGGGGGAGCCGGAGCCGAACGCGGUGGUGGCGCAGGACGGCAGCGGGCAGUACAAGACCAUCCAGGCGGCCUUGGACGCGUACCCGAAAGACCUCAAGGGGGGCAGGUACGUCAUCUACGUCAAGGCCGGAGUGUACGAUGAGUAUAUUACCAUCACCAAGGAUCAACUCAACAUCUACAUGUACGGGGACGGCCCCAGGAAGAGCAUCGUCACCGGCAAGAAGAGCUUCACCGACGGCGUCUCCACCUUCAAGACUGCCUCCUUCAGUGUCAUCGGCAACGGCUUCAUCUGCAAGUCCAUGGGAUUCCGCAACACGGCAGGCCCCCAGGGCCACCAGGCCGUGGCCCUGCGCGUGCAGUCCGACAUGUCCGCCUUCUUCAACUGCAGAAUGGACGGCUACCAGGACACGCUGUACGUGCAGACCCACCGCCAGUUCUACCGCAACUGCCUCGUGUCCGGCACGGUGGACUUCAUCUUCGGGGACUCCGCGGUCAUCCUGCAGAACUGCCUCAUCAUAGUGCGGAAGCCCAUGGAGAAGCAGAAGAACACCGUGACCGCGCAGGGGAGGACCACCAAGAACGAGGCCACCGGGAUUGUCAUCCAGAACUGCAAGAUCGUCCCGGAGAAGAAGCUGGAGCCCGUCAGGAUGGAGAUCCCCACCUACCUUGGGAGGCCAUGGAAGGACUACUCCAUGACCUUGGUCAUGGAGUCAUGGCUCGCCGACUUCAUUCAACCCGAGGGCUGGCUCCCGUGGACGGGCACCUUCGCCCUCGACACCUGUUUUUACAGGGAAUACAACAACCGUGGCCCCGGCAGCACCACCGAUAAAAGGGUCAACUGGAAGGGCUACGCCGUCAUGACCAAUAAGGAUGAAGCUCAGAGGUACACCGUCGGCCCCUUCCUACAAGGAGAACAGUGGCUGCCCGCCACCACCGUCCCCUUCUCCCUCGGCCUCGCUUACUGAUUCAUUACCAUCUUAAUUAUGCACAUUCAAAUAAUUCAGCAUGCAUGCAUGCACGCACUCUUUCUUUUCUCCAUCAAUAAAUAAACAAUUUCUUUUUCUUCUUCUCA